UAUGACUUGACCAACCAUCUCAGAUACCUGCAAAACAGACACGAUGCUGUUCUCCAUGGCCCUCCCCAGCAUGUCCUGGAUGCUGUUCUCCUGCCUGAUGCUUCUAUCUCAGGUGCAAGGUGAAGACUCUGAGACGGGACUUCAAUCUCCAAGGAGACGUUGUCCCCAAGGGUCCUAUGCUUAUCGCUUCUACUGCUAUGCCUUUUUUACGACACCAAAAUCCUGGAUAGAAGCAGAUGUUGCCUGCCAGAAGCGACCCUCAGGAAACCUUGUGUCUGUUCUCAGUGAAGCUGAGGCAUCCUUCCUGGCCACUAUGACCAAGAACAAUUUGAACAUCAACUCAAACGUCUGGAUUGGAAUUUAUGACCCCACACAGGGAUAUGAACCCAAUGCUGGUGGCUGGGAGUGGAGUAGUAAUGAUUUGCUGAGUUAUGUUGCCUGGGAAAGAAAUCCUUCCACCAUCUCAAACCCUGGCUACUGUGGGAGCCUGUCACGAACCACAGGUAAGAAAAAGUGA